AUGGACGAGGAGAAUAUGACAAAAAGCGACGAGCAGCAUUUGAGUUUGCAAAAAGCUUUGCAGCAGUGCGAGUUGGUUCAAAAUAUGAUAGACAUAAGCAUUUCCAGCUUGGAGGGUUUGAGGACUAAAUGUGCCACAUCCAACGACUUGACACAAAAAGAAAUACGAACGCUGGAGGGAAAGCUGGUGAAGUACUUCAGUCGCCAGCUGUCCUGUAAGGUGAGAGUGGCCUCACAGGAGGACAGCACUGAGCUACAGGACUUCCCCAGACUGGGACACUGGUUCCGCAUCGUCAACCUGAGGAAGGAGGUCACUGAGGAGAUGGAUCCGGGCGACGUGACUCUGGUGGGGCUGCUGGAGAUGAGUGAUGAGCAGGUGUGUGAGGCCAUGGAGAGGUUCGGAGCCAACGACGAGGAGUGUGCCCGGCUCAACGCCUCUCUGUCCUGCCUCAGGAAAGCCCACCAGUCAGCAGGCAGCCAUGCCAAGCAGGACUGGUCCAUCCAGUGGCCCACCUCCGAGUCUGGCAAGGAGAACACUCCCUUCCCCUCUCCAGAACCCAGCCAGUGGGUCCGCUUCCAGCUCUCCCAAAGCCCCAUGGUCCAGGCAAAGUACAACCAGCAGCACCACAGCCAGUGCCACAGCCCCCAGUCAUUGCUACCCUAUCCGUAUGGCCCCUAUGUCCAGCCAGACCGCCUCACCGUGGACAGCCACCUGGGACUGGGGGCCUUCCCCCCCAUGGACACGGGUCAUCGAUCCCUGCCACCCUCGCCCCGUCAGAGGCACUUUGCCCACACCCCUCCCCGGACUCCACUGGUGGUGAACACCAUGACCCCCCCGGGCACGCCCCCCAUGAGGCGCAGAAACAAGGUGAAGGCCCCCGGGACGCCCCCACCCCCCAGCCGAAAGCUCAUCCACCUGCUGCCGGGCUUCACGGCGCUGCACCGCUCCAAGUCACACGAGUUCCAGCAGGGCAACCGCAUAGGCCUGGAGGCAGCUGACACGCAGACACUCAAGUGACAGAAGAAGUCCAAGCCUCAGCACCUGAAGAUCAACAGCAGUGUGGGGAGCUGUGAGAACCUCCCUACCCAACGCUCACCCCUCCACUCCUCUGACCAUCGCUCACUCCGUUCCUUCUUCUUCCCCACCUUCAUCCCCUCCACUCCCCCCGUCCACUCCGAUGCAAAUACUCUGUCAGUGCCUCGCUGGUCCCCACAGAUCCCUCGGAGAGACCUGGGAAACUCCAUAAAACACAGGUUUUCCACCAAGUACUGGAUGUCUCAGACAUGCAUAGUGUGUGGAAAAGGAAUGUUGUUUGGACUUAAAUGUAAAAACUGCAAGCUGAAGUGCCACAACAAAUGUACCAAAGAAGCCCCACCUUGCCAUUUACUGAUCAUCCAAAGAGGCUCCCCAGCUCGUUUGGUACGGACUGAAUCGGUACCAUGUGACAUCAACAACCCGCUCAGGUACACAGACCUGCACAUCAGUCAGACGCUGCCCAAAACCAACAAAAUCAACAAGGAUCACAUCCCUGUCCCGUACCAGCCAGACUCCAGCAGUAACCCCUCCUCCACCACCUCCUCCACCCCUUCCUCACCCGCUCCACCCCUCCCUUCCAGUGCCACCCCUCCCUCCCCCCUACACCCCUCCCCACAGUCAGCACGGCAACAGAAACAGUUCAACUUCACAGCUUCUUCUUACUUCAAAUACAAGCAGCAGUUCAUCUUCCCAGACGUGGCCCCGGCACCAGAGGGCCCCAACAGAACACCCCAGGUCAUCCUUCACCCUGUCCUGUCUGAGCCUGGAAUCGAGGUGAACCCUUUAAACCCUUUACUACAGAUUGAGGUUGAACCGACAUCAGACAACGAGGAGGGCAACGACGAGGCGGAGUACUCGGAGGAUGAGUUUGAGGAGAUGAACCUGUCUCUGCUGUCGGCCCGUAACUUCCCCCGUAAAGCCAGCCAGACCUCCAUCUUUCUCCAGGAGUGGGACAUCCCCUUCGAACAGCUAGAGAUAGGGGAGCUCAUCGGGAAAGGUCGCUUCGGCCAAGUGUUCCACGGGCGCUGGCAUGGCGAGGUGGCCAUCCGCCUCAUCGACAUCGAGCGUGACAAUGAGGACCAGCUCAAGGCCUUCAAGAGGGAGGUGAUGGCCUACCGAAACACUCGGCAUGAGAAUGUGGUCCUCUUCAUGGGCGCCUGCAUGAGCCCUCCACACCUGGCCAUCAUCACCAGCUUGUGUAAGGGAAGGACUCUAUAUUCGGUGGUGAGGGAUGCCAAAGUCAUCCUGGAUGUCAACAAGACCAGACAGAUCGCCCAGGAGAUGGUUAAGGGGAUGGGCUAUCUCCACGCCAAGGGGAUCCUACACAAGGAUAUGAAGUCCAAGAAUGUCUUCUACGACAAUGGCAAAGUGGUCAUCACCGACUUCGGACUUUUCACCAUAUCUGGGGUUCUGCAAGCUGGCAGCCGUAGAGAGGACAAACUGAGAAUCCCCAGUGGAUGGCUUUGUCACCUGGCCCCUGAAAUAGUCUCUCAGCUCUCCCCUGAAACAGAGGAGGACAAGCUGCCUUUCUCCAAACAGUCAGAUGUCUUUGCUUUCGGCACUAUCUGGUAUGAGUUGCAUGCACGUGAGUGGCCUUACAAGAACCAGCCAGCAGAGGUUAUCAUCUGGCAGGUGGGCAGUGGGAUGAAGCCCAACCUCACACAGAUCGGCAUGGGCAAAGAGAUAUCGGACAUCCUGCUCUUUUGCUGGGGGUUCGAGCAGGAUGAAAGGCCCAGCUUCUCCAAGCUGGUGGAUCUGCUGGAAAAGUUGCCAAAACGGAACCGUCGCCUUUCCCACCCAGGGCACUUCUGGAAGUCAGCUGAGUAUGUCAAAUGA